AUGAGAACUAUACAUAAAAUUCAAAAUCAUUUUAAAAUAAACAAUCUUAAAACACAUCUUAUUUGUAAGCUUUGUGAAGCUUCUUACAACUUUGAUGUCCAGACAACCAAUUUAAAAAAUCACUAUGCGAAACAUCACCAAAAAGAUUAUCAAUUAAUUCUUGCAACAGAAGAAGCUAAAAAGAAACAAGUUAAAAAUACUAAUUUAAAAAAAAAAGACAUCAGUCAGUUUUUUGUAUCACUGUUCGAAAAUAAGGAAGAAUUAGAAGUUGUUCAAACUUUGAUUCCUUUAACAAAAAAAAGAAAAACUGAAGAAACUGAAGAAAAAACAGAAAAAGUGAAUAAAAAACUAAAAACUAUUGAAGUUAAAAAUAAUAUUAAAGAAACAUAUUCUAAUCAAGAAACAAAAAUUGAACAAGAAGAAUAUGAAAAAGUUGAAGUUGAUUUAAAUUGGGUUGAAGAAGACUCACAAGAAGAAUCUUCAACUAUUAGACCACAAGCCGAUUUUGAAAAUCGAUCAGAAGAAGAUUCUGAAGAAAUAUUAGUCAAUGAGACUAAUGAAUAUUAUUUUAAAAAUGGUGAAUUGCUUGAAGAUACGAUUAAUAAUCUUGUUGAAGGCAAAAUUAAAAUUAAAAAUUUUCCAUAUAUUGAAAUUUGUUUGAUUAAAGAUAUAUGGUAUUUGUCAGACAACAGAAGAUUAUAUUGCUUUCAACAAGCAAUUAAAAAAGGAUUAAAUAUAAAAAAAAUACUUGUUAAAGUUUGA